AUGGUGAAAGAGCAAGCAGAGGCGAGGGCGGCGCUGCAAAGAGGAGCAGGACGCCUUUGUGUCCGCGAGCGCCCCGAGAGGGUCGGGUUGCAGGCGGGCGGAACACCGCCGCGUUGCGAAGAGGAAGCUCCGGCGACUGCAAGAAUGAUGACCUGCAACACCAGUACCGAAGAAAUGGUCGUCGAUGAUCCCAAUGAGAAUACUUAA